GGCUGUCUUCACAGGGAACUCUCCUGUAGGAGUGCGUCUCCGGCAGAUCCUCCAUGCGUCAGCCCCGGGAAUGGAUCAGGAAUCCGGUGCGGCGUCUGCGGGGAGUUUCAUCUCCCUGAAUGAGCAUGAGCAGAGGUAUUACUCAGGUCUCCGCGGUCUGUGCCAGGCUGACACUUCAGGAAAACUGUCGUCCAGUAAAGUGGCAGAGCUGUUCAAGGCGUCUCAGCUACCUCCCGAAUCUCUGCAUAAAGUGACCGAGGUGUGUGGAGCAAAGCGUCUGGGUUACUUUGGUGCAUCUCAGUUCUACGUGGCUCUGAAGCUGCUUGCAGCUGCCCAGUCUGGUCUACCCAUUCGCCUGGAGAGCAUAACCGCCAAUCUACCUCUACCUAGAUUUGUUGGUCUGAAGAAUGAACCAGAGAUGCGAUACUCGACUGUCCCUCCCAGCAUGGACGCUCAGGGCGCACAGUGUGGCUCUGCACUCGGUUCUCUUAUCUGGACUCCAGCAGACAGGAACACCUUCAGACAUCUGGAGGCCGGCACAGACAAGAAGGAACCUUGGUCGCCACCACGAUCCCCGUGUAGCUCACCACCUCGCUCGCCGUUGACAUAUCGCAGUUACCCAUACGCCAAGCAGAGAAAUGGAGUUGACCCGCAAAUCGUCUACGAAAGCAAACAUUCCUCUCGGCCGAUCGUUCAGCUGGAGCAGCACUCCUCGCCAAGCAAAUACGGGACCAAACCCACUGUGGAGCAUCCAGCUAUGGCUCAGGCUUCCUCAGUAGAAAGGCUCGAGCAGCAGGGUGUUUCAGACUAUACUGAGGAUGACCCCUGGAGGAUCACAGAGGAACAGCUGGAGUAUUACACUAAUCAAUUCAAGAGCCUGCAGCCUGACCUGGGGGCUCUCAUCCUGGGAGCUGUAGCAAAAAAUUUCUUCACAAAAUCCAAGCUCCCAAUUCCAGAGCUGUCCCACAUUUGGGAGCUGAGUGAUGUGGAUAGAGAUGGGGCUCUCACGUUUUCUGAGUUUUGCACAGCGUUCCACUUGAUUGUGGCCCGAAAGAAUGGUUACCCUCUCCCAGAGACGCUGCCUCCCAGCCUGCGGCCGGGGUUCAUGCAGCAUGAAGAGGACAUACUGGACCCUCCUGAAAGUGCAGGGCCUUUAAUUGUCUUCGAGGAUCCUGGACGGAGGCUGAAUCAGAUGGAUCCGAGCACUAUGCAGAGACUCCAGCCAAGCUUGACCUCAACGAAACAAGACUUGAAAGAAGAAUCCAGUAAACAAGAUGUGAAGAUGCUCGCGACAUCUCAAGACAAAGAAACUCUUCAGCUCGGUGCUUUUCCUGAGCGGCCAGAACCGCCUCAAGAUCUGGACCCACAGAUGAAGACAAAAACAAGACCAAGGUCCUACUCCAGCACUUCAAUCGAAGACGCUAUGAAGAAGGCCGAGGAGCCACCCACCCCUCCCCCUCGACCCCAGAAGACCCACUCCAGGGCCUCAUCGCUGGACCUCAAUAAGCUCUUCCAGCAGGGCGCUCCAGGAGUAAAAAGUGGAUGGUUGCUGCCUCCUCCAGCCCUCCCUCCUAGACCGACAGCUUCGCAGGUUACUCAUUUUAUCGGCACGUCGGAGAAAUCCGUCCAGAGUAAAGUGCAGCAGCCAAACUUUGCUGACUUCAGUCACUUCAGAGAAGAGGAGGAGAGCAGUGUGAAACCUGAAGAUCAGGGGCCACACUCCCGAUUUGGGCUCAGCACUGAGGACUUGACGAAUCCUUCAAAACAGGACAUGACUGCCGCCUCUCACAAUCAACCUCCACAGAAGCCAGUUCGCAGGAAAUAUCUCCCAGAGAGCCAAAACCUGGAGACUGUACCUCCGCCAGCGGUGCCAUUUCCUCCUCCUGCUAAACCUCCUCAAAAACUGCUGCCCAGACAGAAGAAGGAGAUCCAGCAGGCUAUCCGUAAGAACAGGGAAACCAAUGCUGUGCUGACACGCCUUAAUAGCGAACUCCAGCAGCAACUUAAGGUGGUUCAUAAGGAGAGGGUCACCUUGGAGUCCCAGCUGGAGCUCCUGCGGCCUCUGGCUUCGACAUGACUGAGCCUGAAGUCUGAUCGGAGUCACCUUCCCGUUCUGUCACAGGGGCGUGCAUCAGUUUCUCUAUUAAACACAAAUUUUUGAGCCAAGACACAAGUGGUUGUCUGUUUUUUUUUUUUUUUAUGAACACUGAAUAAAAGUAAAAGGGCUGACGAUGGAAGCAAAGUGCAUUUUUGACUCAACGGACAGGGAUGUUACUCUUCUUGAAUUAUCAGCUCCAGCUCGAGUCCAUGUGUUUGUUUGCAUUAUGGUUAAAGAUGCUCUGCAGGACUAAACCAUGUGUUUUUAAUCACUGUAUAAUAUGCACAUGUACAAUGUUUUCUUUAUGACUUUCUAACUUAUUUGUGUUGUGAUUCACUGUUAGGUUCUCUCAUAAAUCUUUUAUGGUUUACAGGACGUGUUUGCACAUCUUUCCAUGAUUAUGAAAAAUCAAUUUUCUGUCCGGCCCAUCCUCUCAGAUUUCAUGUUUUUCUACGUACCACAUUUCAUGUAUAUCCACAUACACGCACACAAUAAAACAAGCGAUGGUGCUACAGAUUGCGUUCUCAUUCUUACGCUGUUUGCACUGGAAGGAAAAAUAAAAGUGCACAUUUCAAAGGAUGGCAAAAAAAUAAAACAUUAGAUGUGGAAUGAAUUUGAUUAAACAAAACCUUUUAAGCGUGUGUUCUGAAGGACUGUAUCCAUGGCACAUGUGACGAAUGUCGACACUGGAUUUGUAUGUAAUAUGAGCAUUUUCAUGUGAAGUUGCUACAUGUUUGAUGUAAAUGUUGCCUGACAUCUUUAUGUUUGUUAUCAUGCAGAGUUGGCCUUGAUGAUUAUCUGUUUAAAAAAAAGAUUUCACAAUCUCAACAGUUAUUCUUCAUAAUAAUUGUGAUUUCGUAAAUUCCCUUUUCCUUAGUAAAAAUCUACAUCUGCUAUUGGCAAGAUUGUUUUUUUCUAAACAGCCAAUCAGCUGGUAUAAUGAUUUUUCUAAUAUUGAAGGCUAAAAAAAGCAAAACCCAAAUCAGUAUAAGCGGCUAAAAAAUAAAAUAAUAAGCACAAUAAUCAUCUAAUAGUCAUGAUAGAUUUGGAGACUGGCUGAAAAAGCAGGCAUGGUCAUGUGUUUAUUGCUUUUUUUCACACUACUGUUGGGUCAUGAUGGUGAUAAUGAGAUGGCUGAAAUGUGAGAUGGCAUGCCUGAAACUGCAUGAUUGUGUUAAACUUAUGUGAGAAUGUAAAUGAAUCUGAAAUUGUGCACAACUGAGCUCUGGUCUUAAGACUACAAUGGAACUAAUCAAUAAAGUCUAUUUUUGUUGCUUGAAAUGA